CAGAUGGGAGGGGGCGGGAGGGGGGUGGGGGAUCCCGAGGCGCCCGUGGCCGGGAAUCUGGGAGGGCCUAGAGAGGCGCCAGGCGGUUAGCCUCGCCACAACUUACCCAGGACAGGCCUCACUCUGCGUCCUGGAAGAAGGAGCUGGCCCGCCGCUUCCCUCCCGGCUGCUCCUCGGCCUCCACGGGCCCGCCCGCGCUAGCAGCGCCCCUGGAGCCUGCGUCCGCAGCUUCGCCCCUGUCCGCCUGCAGCGCCCGGCGCCCGCCCAGAAGCGCGCAGCUGGGGUGCUGGGGAUAUAACGGUGAGCAAGAGAGACCACGGCCCUUGUUCCCGCUGAUCCUGCAGCCCAGUGGAUGGAGUCCAGGGUACAUAGACCUGCCAGGAGAGACAAAAAUUUUCCUGAUGGUUGGUCCAAGCAGGGACUCCCCGGUGGACUGAGGAAUGGCUGGCUUUUCCUCAGUUCAUACAUCUCUAUGGUAACCACAGGCAGCUCCCAGAAGACCUCGAGAAUGAGAGGCCUGAGGUCUACGAGUUGCUGCUAGAAAUAGUUCAGCCUCUCCAGAAAACAGAAUGCAGCUGCCACACAAGUUUGUAAGGGCCCUGGGCGCACGCUGACCGCGCGCCGGCCGGCUCGCACUUUGCUCCAGGUCCACGCCCGUGGCGCUGCCAUAACAACGGCCUAGACGCCCAGGCCUUAGGCCGCCGCCGCCGCCGGGACCCGGCCUUCUCCCCGCUCCGAGGGGUGGGGCGGCGGCGGCCCGGGAGGCGGCCCGGGCCGGGUAGACGGGACUGCCCCCUCCUCCGAAGCCGGCAGAGGCGGCGGAUUUGCUUCCAAGCAUGCCCUUUCAGAAACACGUCUACUACCCGCUCGCCAACAGCCUGGAGAGACCCGCCUCCGAAGCCGCCGCGGCGGGCGGGGCCGCCAUGGCCUGCGGCCCCCCCAGCGCGGCUUCGGGCCCCCUGCCCUUCUUCCAGUUCCGCCCGCGGCUGGAGAACGUGGACUGGCGGCGGCUGAGCGCCAUCGACGUGGACAAGGUGGCAGGCGCCGUGGACGUGCUCACGCUGCAGGAGAACAUCAUGAACAUCACCUUCUGCAAGCUGGAGGACGAGAAGUGCCCGCACUGCCAGUCGGGGGUGGACCCGGUGCUGCUGAAGCUGAUCCGCCUGGCGCAGCUCACCAUCGAGUACCUGCUGCACUCGCAGGAGUUCCUCACCUCGCAGCUGCACAACCUGGAGGAGCGGCUGCGCCUGAGCCUGGCCGAGUGCGAGCAGAGCAAGAAGCUCCUCGCCAAGCAGGCCGGCGAGAUCAAGCUACUCAGGGAAGAGUGUAAACGCAGGAAAAAGUUGAUCUCCACCCAGCAGUUGAUGAUUGAGGCCAAAGCCAGCUACUUCCAGUGCCGUUUUUGUGACAAGGCCUUUAUGAACCAAGCUUUUCUACAAAGUCAUAUUCAGCGCCGCCACCCUGAAGAUUCUCAUCUUGCAGAGUAUAAGACAAGGGCACAGACUGACAAGCUCCAGAAUGAGAUCGACAUGUUGAAGGAGCAGCUGCAGCUCACCAGGUCUCAGCUAGAGGCUGCACAGCAUGUCCAUGUAGUCAGAUUCUCUAAGGAAUAUGAAAUGCAGAAAACAAAAGAGGAAGAAUUUCUGAAGUUAUUUGAUAGAUGGAAAGAAGAAGAAAAGGAGAAACUAGCUGAUGAAAUGGAAAAAGUCAAGGAAAUGUUUAUGAAGGAGUUUAAAGAACUAACUUCUAAGAAUUCAGCGUUAGAAUACCAAUUGUCAGAAAUCCAGAAGUCCAAUAUGCAGAUCAAGUGUAACAUAGGCACAUUAAAAGAUGCACAUGAGCUUAAAGAAGAACGUCCUCAGCAUCCCCAGGAUUUCCAAAAUGUGAUGCAACUUCUUGACAGUCAGGAAAGCAAAUGGACAGCUCGAGUUCAGGCUCUUCAUCAAGAACACAAGAAAGAGAAGAGCCGGCUCCUGUCACAUAUAGAGAAACUUCGAACCUCAAUGAUAGAUGAUCUAAAUGCAAGUAAUGUAUUCUACAAGAAAAGGAUAGAAGAGCUAGGGCAGAGGCUCCAGGAGCAGAAGGAGCUGAUCAUCACUCAGAGACAACAGAUUAAAGAGUUUACCAGUAAACCAUUAAACAGUGUCAGUGAACCCAGAGGGAAUCCUUUAACCUGGCAAACUUUUGAAUCUAAGCCGACUACCCCAACUGUACCUAUGAGUGCCCCAGCCCCACAGACUUUGGAUGCUAAGUCAAGUCUAACAAUGGCACAUGAACAGGCAUUCUCAUCGCACAUACUGGAACCAAUAGAAGAACUUUCAGAGGAAGAAAAAGGAAAGGAAAAUGAACAGAAAUUAAAUAACAAGAUACAUUUAAGGAAAACUUUGAAGAAUAACCCUUCCCUCACUAAGGAAAUAAGAACAGUCUUGGAGCAGAGUUUGGUGGAGAAACUGGAAACCUUGGGGAUUAGUGCAGAUAUACGUGGUAUUCCAAGUGACCACUUGAAUAGAGUGCUAAGAACCGUAGAAUCAGCAAGACAUGAGCGAGAAAGACAAAUACCUAACAUUCAGCAAAUUCGUGAAUUCCUUGAACAUCAGGUCAGCCGUAAAACUGAGGAGAGAACACUACUGUCCACAGACAGGUACAGUGCUUCUCAAGUGGACACCCUUUCAACUGGAGAAAUACCCAAAGCAAUACAUCUUCCUCUCAAAAGCAGACAGUUGGUUAGACAAAAACCUGUUUUUACCGAUAGGACAUCUGUUCCAAAAGUUAAAAAAAAUAUCACAGAAGAUCAUUUUCCCAGAAAGUCUUCAACUGUUGCGACCCCUCCCUUCAGUUCAGAGGAAGAGCUGGAUGAUGAGGACCUCAUCCAGGCCUGUGUCUCACCAGACUUACUUCCUGUGCUGUCAUCUAAAAGCAACAAGAGUAGCUUUGGAAGGAACACCGUCAAAAGUGACACUGACUGGACUGAGGGAAGUGAAGUUGAGGACUCUGCUAUUUCUCCCAAGCCCACAGGAACCUCCAUUAAAACAUUAACUGGAAAAGUUGAAAAGACAGUUUCAGAUCACAGAAGUGUGAAUAAGCCGGUUGGUGGGCUUAAUGUUGCUGAGGCGUUCAUCAAAAAAUCACAAAAAGAAGAUCUAAAGUGUGCAGAUGUGGACGAUAAUGACUGGGACAUAUCAUCCUUAGAGGAAGAGAAAUCUUUGGGGAAAAGAAUUGGAAGAGAACAGAAGGAAGCUCCACCUGUGAAGAAUGAAUCAAAUUCUACUCAAGUGCCAAGUGCCUGGGGUGCAACUAACCAGAAAGGGCCAAAGGGAGAAGGACCUCAGGAUGAAUGCAGCACAUUGAAAAGCAGCUUAGUAACCGUGACUGACUGGAGUGACUCUUCAGAUGUGUAACUGUCACCCCACGCAUCAGGAGGCCCUUCCAGACGCCAGCAGUAUUGCAGAACCACAGUCUUUCAGUACUGCCUACACGACUCUAAUGCUCCUGCUUGGCAGUAUCUCCUACAGUAACAAGGAAGCUGACUCUCCAAGAACCAGAGUCCCUUUUGUGGCACCUAAUGCAGUUAUUACAAAACAAACUGUCAGCAGUAUUUUGAAGCAUAUAAAGGUGUUUAAGACUGCUGCUUAAAAAUAAUGUGUCGUUGAAGUCAUAAAAAGUUUUUUCUUCAGAACGGCACUCUAGUGUUUGUUUAAGUGUAUUUUUUUUUCAACUAAUCUUUAAGUGAAUUUUUUUUUAAACUUCUUAUAGCAGGUUUUGGUUUGAAUUAGAACCUUUUUUUAUAUCUUUCUUAUGUAUGUUGUCACGUUGGAUGCGUUUUAUUAUAAAGUUCUGUUAGUGUCCUUAAAAUUGAAUUAGUGGAAUCAGUGAAAUCUUAAGAGUAGAUUGCUUAUUUUUCAUAUAGAAGUUUAGAGUUAUAAAAAUAUAGCUAGGCCCACGUUAGAUAACUCCAUUUUCCAGAAGUACUUUUACCAUAUGCAGCUUUGAGCCAUUGUAAGCAUGUCGUUUUAUUUUAGAACUUUAAAUACCAUUUCUGUGGCAUCAUCUUUACCUUGGAUAUUGUAUGAAUAAAAUGUAGCCAGUUUAAAUGUCAGUUAAUUUAUCUAUAAACAGAAUAGAUCCAGUCAAUACUGAAUUCAUAUGUGUCUGUAGUUUUUUUCACUUUUUUUAAAUGCCCAACCCAUAUUCUAAAGUACCUCAAGACUAACUUAAUUUUAUUCUUAACAAUGACAUUGUCAACAUUCAAAAAGUUCAUAUAAACUGUUUUCUGCAUUUUUUAUACUUUGUGGUACUAUCUGUACUCUGUUUCCAAAAAAAAGUUACAUUUUAACUAAAUGGUUUUUUGGAUUUUGGAUCCUUCUUCAUUUUGCCAACCUUUCAAGUAAAGCCCUCCAUUACAUCCUUGUGACUGUGGCUGA